GCGGCGGAGGGAUCUGGCGGAGGGAGGUGUUUAUGAGGCGCUGGGGGCGGAGGAGGAGAAUUAGUCCGAGUGGAGCGAGCGAGCCGAGUGGUUGUGUGGUCGCGUCUCGGAAACCGGUAGCGCUUGCAGCAUGGCUGACCAACUGACUGAAGAGCAGAUUGCAGAAUUCAAAGAAGCUUUUUCACUAUUUGACAAGGAUGGUGAUGGAACUAUAACAACAAAGGAAUUGGGAACUGUAAUGAGGUCUCUUGGGCAGAAUCCCACAGAAGCAGAGUUACAGGACAUGAUCAAUGAAGUAGAUGCUGAUGGUAACGGCACAAUUGACUUCCCUGAGUUUCUGACCAUGAUGGCAAGAAAAAUGAAAGACACAGACAGUGAAGAAGAAAUCAGAGAAGCAUUCCGUGUGUUUGAUAAGGAUGGCAAUGGCUAUAUUAGUGCAGCAGAGCUUCGCCAUGUGAUGACAAACCUUGGAGAGAAGUUAACAGAUGAAGAGGUUGAUGAAAUGAUCAGGGAAGCAGAUAUUGAUGGUGAUGGUCAAGUAAACUAUGAAGAGUUUGUACAAAUGAUGACAGCAAAGUGAAGACAUUGUACAGAAUGUGUUAAAUUUCUUGUACAAAAUUGUUUAUUUGCCUUUUCUUUGUUUGUAACUUAUCUGUAAAAGGUUUCUCCCUCCUGUCAAAAAAAUAUGCAUGUAUAGUAAUUAGGACUUCAUUCCUCCAUGUUUUCUUCCCUUAUCUUACUGUCAUUGUCCUGAAACCUUAUUUUAGAAAAUUGAUCAAGUAACAUGUUGCAUGUGGCUUACUCUGGAUAUAUCUAAGCCCUUCUGCACAUCUGAACUUAGAUGGAGUUGGUCAAAUGAGGGAACAUCUGGGUUAUGCCUUUUUAAAAGUAGUUUUCUUUAGGAACUGUCAGCAUGUUGUUGUUGAAGUGUGGAGUUGUAACUCUGCGUGGACUAUGGACAGUCAACAAUAUGUUCUUAAAAAGUUGCACUAUUGCAAAACGGGUGUAUUUUAUCCAGGUACUCGUACACUAUUUUUUUGUACUGCUGGUCCUGUACCAGAAACAUUUUAUUGUUACUUGCUUUUUAAACUUUGUUUUAGCCACUUAAAGAAAAUCUGCUUAUGGCACAAUUUGCCUCAAAUCCAUUCCAAGUUGUAUAUUUGUUUUCCAAUAAAAAAAUUACAAUUUACCCAA